AGAGGAGGGGUGGGGACAGAGCGGCGGCGUUUGAGCGUUGAAAAAAAAACGUAAAAAUGAACUGGCACAGCCGACGACGAUUACUACAAAACAAACGCCAAAGUACGUACUAUGUUCUACUACGGCUACAACUGUGAUAUUUGGAUAUAAAGCCGCCCCGCACCGAAAAAAAAACAAGCUCCGUACGUGUAUACGUACGCUUGUGUCUCUGCCGCUGGACGACGGAAAGAAAGAAAAAGAAAAAACUAGAGCUAUCGAAGCAACAGACAAAGCGGCAUCAUCCAGAAUCGAAAGAAGCAGACAGACACAGCAGCAGCAGCACCACCACCACCUCCUCAGUGAAUAUUAUUAAAGACUGCACAUAUAUACAGAAUGGUCGUCGGCUCGAAUCAUACGCGGCGCAGUGAAACUGCCGGCAGAUACACAAACAGCAGCAGCAGCAACAACAACAACACGAAUAGCAGCGGCAGCAGCAACAACAACAACAAUUCCACCAGCUCAACGUCUUCAAUUGCAAACGCAUCCUCAGCGGCGGCGGCGACGUUGUCGUCGUUGUCGUCGCAUCAUCAUCACAAUCAUCAUCAUUACCAGUCGCAGCAGCAACAGAGCACAACGCAUCAUAGUUCCGCAUCAGCACCGGCAACAACAACAACAACAACAUCAUCUUCAUCAUCAGCAUCAGCAUCAUCAACAACAUCGCAUGGCGGCGGCAGCGGAACGUUGCAUGUGGCUGUUGGGAGCCUUAACGGUUGCAACGGCAGCGCCGUCAGUCGCCUAUCCCAAUCGACGGGCAUGUCGCCCCGUGAGCUCUCCGAGAACGAUGAUCUGGCCACAUCGCUAAUACUGGAUCCGCAUUUGGGCUUUCAGACGCACAAAAUGAAUAUACGUUUUAGGCCGCUCAAAGUGGAUACACAACAGCUGAAGGCGAUUGUUGAUGAGUUUAUACAUACCCAAAACUAUGACAUUGCCAUACAGCGCAUCUACGAUGGGCCCUGGAUACCGCGCCAUCUCAAGAAUAAAAACAAAAUUGCCACCAAGCGGUUGCACGAUCACAUUGUGCGCUAUUUGCGUGUAUUCGACAAGGACAGCGGCUUUGCGAUCGAGGCAUGCUAUCGCUAUUCACUGGAGGAGCAGCGCGGCGCAAAGAUUAGCUCGACGAAACGCUGGUCGAAGAACGAUAAAAUCGAAUGUCUGGUCGGCUGCAUUGCGGAGCUGACGGAGGCCGAGGAGGCGGCAUUGUUGCAUUCGGGCAAAAAUGAUUUCUCCGUGAUGUACAGCUGCCGCAAGAACUGUGCCCAGCUCUGGCUGGGACCGGCCGCCUACAUUAAUCACGAUUGCCGGGCCAAUUGCAAGUUUUUGGCCACGGGCCGUGACACCGCCUGCGUUAAGGUGCUGCGCGACAUUGAGGUGGGCGAGGAGAUCACCUGUUUUUAUGGCGAGGAUUUCUUUGGCGAUAGCAAUCGUUAUUGCGAGUGCGAGACAUGCGAGCGACGCGGCACGGGCGCCUUUGCCGGCAAACAUUCGGCCAAUCAGCUGAACGAGGCGAUGCUCGGCCUGACGAACGGCCUGGGCCUGGGCCUAGGCCUGGGCGCUGCCGGCGGUGCCAAUGGCGGCGGCUAUCGUUUGCGCGAAACGGACAAUCGCAUCAAUCGCAUCAAGAGUCGCGCCAAUAGCACCAACAGCACCUCCAACAGCAACAGCAACGACAGCAGCAGCAACACGGCCCAGCCCAACAAUAAUAACAACAACAGCAGCAGCAACAGCAGCAGCAACAACAGCAACAUUGCUGCUGUGGCACAAACUGUUGCCGCGGUACGGCCCAAGAGCAGCAGCCUGGAGCUGAAUGCGGUCGCCCUAAUGGACAAGAAGCUGCCCAAUGUGGUUGUCUCGCCGCUGACCAUGAAGGAGCUGCGCCAGAAGGGCAUGACCAAGUACGAUGCCGAAAUGAUAAUGGCCAAUGCGGCAUAUCAUCAGCAACAGCAGCAGCAGCACCAUCAUCACCAUCAUCAUCAUCAUCAUCAGCAUCAGCAUCAGGGGCAUCUUCAUCAUCAUACGCAUACGCAGCAAUAUCACACACACCUGCCACACACAGCAGCAGCAGCUGCCGGCGGCGGCAGCAGCAGCAAUAAUGCAGAGGCCGCCAGCCAGGCAACGGCCAUGCAGAAGCCGCAGCAGGCAGCCGCCGAGCUUAGCAAUGGACGCGGCAUCAGCACGCUGCGCAAGUCGAUGCGCGUGAACAGCACCAGCAGCAGCAUAUCGACAGCCUCCACAGACGAGCCGCCGCUGGCCAGCUAUGCUGCAACGGGAGCAGCAGCAGCAGCAACAACAACAACAGUUGCAGCCAUAGCCAAGGCGCCGGUUGUGCUGGUGCCGCGCUAUAAGCCAGCUGCUGUUGCUGCCGUGCUGCAGCAGCAGCAACAACAGCAGCAGCAGCGCCAGCAACAACGCCAGCUGCGGCGCAGCGAACGCCAGACGCAGCGGCAAAAGAUCAGCAUGGACACGACACAGCUGCUGGGCAAAUAUCUAACGGACAGCGAGAGCAGCGACACGGACUUGCAGCAGCAACAUCAACAGCAGCCGGCAGCGGAUGUUGCAGCUGCAGCAGCAGCAGCAACGGGUUCGUCCACGCUGGAGAAGCGCGUGACACGCAACAGCGCCGGACGCGCUGCCGCCGCGGCAGCUGCAGCAGCAGCAGCAGCAACAGCAAGUAAUAGCUGUAGAAAUAAUGUUAGCGCUAGAUUUAGUGAACGCAAGCUGAAGCCGAGCGAGCCGGCGCCAGCGGCAACGACGACGACGGCUUCGUUAGCAAACCUGCAACAACAACAGCAGCAGGCAACGGCAGCAGCAGCAGCAACAACACGCAGUCGCAGCAGCAGUCCCGCCUAUAAAAAGAACCUCAUCGCCAGCUUUGAGCAAGCCAACAAGCGUCAGGCAACAGCAGCAACAGUUGCUGAGGAUGUGCCCGCCUCAGAGCCGGGCAAGCAGAAGCGUAGCCGACGCGCUGCCGCGCUGGCCGCCGCACAGCACAUACACUGCGAGGCAGUUGCUGGCGUGCUGCAGCGCAAGCGACAUCAGACGACGGCAGCAGCAGCAACAACAACAACAGCAGCAACGGCAACAACAACUGCAGCAGCAACAACAAGCGGGAGCAGCAGCGCUGUGGAGCCGCUUUUGAAGACGCCCGAGCGACGGCUGAAGCUGACGUUGCGCAUGAAGCGCUCGCCCAUAUUGGAUGAGGUCUUUGAGCUGGGCACCAGUCUCGGCGAGGAUCGACAGCAUGCCCAGCAAAAUGGACACGUCACCAACCGAGCCAGCCAAGCGCACAGCAGCAGCAGCGGGGGAGUUGGCGGAGCAGGCGGACGUAACAGCAGCAACAACAAUGUCGGCGCCGGCGGCAACAGCAGCAACAGCAACAACAAUGCGCUGCACAAUGCCAGCAGCAGCAGCGGCGGCGGCAUUGAAUAUGAAAUCUUACGCAUGGAGGGCAUAUCGGAGCAUGGCAACGAUGAUGAUGAGGAGGACGAGGAGGAGGAGGAUGAGGAGGAUGAUGACGACGACGACGAGGAAGCCGAAGAGGAGGAGGAGGAGCAGGAGCUGGAAGAAGAAGAGGGCGUUGAGCUUGCACAAGAGCAACACCAGCAGCAGCAGCAUCAUCAUCAUCAAUCGGAGGCAGCUGGCAGCGAUGCCUCUGACUGGCGCUACACAGAAAAAACACGACGCAGUCGCCGCAGCGCCCAAUGCGCCGCCAGCACGCCGCCGCCCCAAGUUGCCAGCAGCAGCAGCAGCAACAUAUACGGCACGCCACAGAAGAAGCGACUGCGCCUGAUCUUUGGCAACGAGUCGCACACAAUAGACAUUCCACCAGCAAGCACAACAGCAACUGUUGCAGCUGCAGCAGCAGCAGCAGCAGCUGUUGGCAGCGGCAUCGAUGAGCUCAACAGCAGCGGGGGCGGCGGCGGCGGGGAUGAAUCCUUUAAUGCUUCCUAUGCUAGCAGCAGCAGCAGCGGCGCCAACGGCAGCGGCACCAGCAUGACCGUAAACACCUCCUCGCUGAACAGCACGCCCACAUCCAACGCCUCCUUGGAGCUCGAAGCGGCAACAACAACAACAUCUGCUGCUGCUGCUGCUGCUGCUGCAACGUCAAGAGGAGCUGCAACAGGAACAGGAACGGGAACGCGACUGCCCGCAGCUGAUUCACCCACAUCGACCACAUCCAGCGUCGGCUCCUUUCAAUCGGCCUGCACCUCAACAACCAAUUUCUUUACGCGCUCCAAGUCGCCCAGCAGCAGCAACAGCUACCAGCUGAACGGCAGUCGCAGCAACAGCAGCAACGCGGCGGAGCAGGCGCAGGCCGUGGUUAGCAGCAGCAGCAGCGGCAACAACAACAACAACAACAACAGCAGCAGCAGCAGCAACAACAACAGCAACAGCUCGACCAUGGGCAGCAGCAACAACAGCGCAACUGUUGCCGCGAGCAGCGUUUCCAGCAGUCACGCCUUUUUGCCUCAGGCUCUGACCAUGCCCAAGCACACGUUCGGCACCUGUGCGCUGCUGGCGCCCACAAGCUUUGCCAACCUGCAGCAGCAGCAGCAACAGCAGCAGCAGCAGCAGACGUCCAAGCUGGCAGCGGAGCAACAGCAGCUGCCC